AUGGCUUUUCUGCCUCGGCGUUGCUGCAUCAGCGGAAGCCGUCGAUUGGUCGGCUUGUCCGAUCUGAACAACGAGCUAAACCUGCUAAUACCCACGGAAAACAUGAAUACCGACACACCGGAUUCCGGCGAUCUCACCGACACCGCUACGGCCAUGUCCGCCCUCGUGGAUAUCCUUGAAGGCCAGCCCACUACGCCGCCCUCGCUCUACAUCGACCUCGAGGGAGCAUACCUCGUCGACAUCCACAUCCUCGGUGAAAAGGCGUUCUGCGCCCCCAGUUCGGCCACAGGUCGUACCUUCAAGGACUUCCUGGAGUCAGAGACCGUCCCCAAGGUCUUCUUCGAUGUCCGACGCGACUCAGAUGCGCUGUUCAGCCACUUCCAGAUCCGUCUCGCCGGCGUCCAAAACCUGCAACUGAUGGAGCUCGCCACGCGCACGUUCCCGCGGAGGUUCGUCCGCGGGCUGGCCCGGUGCAUCGAGCGCUAUGUCUCUCUGAGCGAAACGGAGAAGAGUUCCUGGCUGGCCACCAAGGAGCGAGGCACCAGGCUUUUUGCGCCUGAGCGUGGGGUAAGUUACCAGGUUUUUAAUGAGCGGCCUCUCCAUGCGGAAAUCAGGCGUUAUUGUGUCCAAGAUGUCCAUCUCCUCCCUAGGUUGUGGGCGUACUAUGACGGUAAGCUCACAAAGGUUUGGGAAGGGAGAGUGCGUGAGGCUUCGCGGGACAGAGUGGCGCUGUCUCAGACCCCCGGCUUCAACGGCGAAGGACAGCAUAUGGCACUGACACCGGCUGGUUAGUCUUCGCUGUAAUCUGGUUGGCUCUAAAACCUGUGGGCAUUCCGGCAAUCUUCUGUAGCACUGUCGCUGUCAGGCACUGCCAGGGGUCUGGGGGCUUGACCCCGGUGUUGUCCUGCAAGCAGGGAGCCGUCUCUAGGGAAACUGCUUUUCUGUUGCCAGACUCCCAGAUAUGGGAUAUUAUAUCCCGAUUAGUAGCAAGCUACAGGGGGACCGUGCCG